AUGGCACGUGAAAUUAAGACCCACGAUCUAGACACAGACUCAUCAGAUGGUCCUGAACCACCAGUUCCAGAAUACCCAGUUGUAGGCCUGCAACAAGAAAGAAACGAUCUUGAAGUACACAUGGAAGAAGACGGUGAUAAUUCGUAUAAAGAUUUAACAGAGCAAAAUGAAGAGGAAAGAGAAGCUGAUAUAACAGCUGAAUCAAAUGCAGAUGAACAAGAGGACACAAGUAAUGAAUCGGAGGCUGCAGAGGAGCAAGAGCAGAGAGGAUCUGGCGAUAGUGAGUCUGCGGAGGAAGAGGAAGAAGCAGAUGAGUAUGAUGAACUGAGGCAGUGGGCUAUCGAAUCCAAUGUUGCACACAAAAACCUAGACAAAUUAACUGGCGAAGUGAAGGAACUUCUGAAGCAGACAUCGUACGAUCUGCGCCACCUCCAACUUGGCUUGAGGUCGUUAGAGACCCACGCUAGGUCAGAUAGUUCAACAAGGUUUGAGGAUCCAUCCGAACGACGAGGAGAAGUGAAUUGCCUGACUCUGGGAAGUGGCGGAAGUACCAACGGCCAAUCAGUUCGCCGAGAAUGUAAGGAUUCGGCAGCGGUUGCACAGCUGGAACACAGCCGCUUAGCCGUGGUUUUCGUCGCGUCUUUGGUCUUGGAAGCUCCGCCAGCUGCGCACAUGGUCCCAUGUUCUCCAUUCGCGAUCCGCAUUCAACCGAUUCCGUUGCCUUAG